GCAAAGACGUCACGGGAACGCACAAUCUGAAACCGGAAUUGCAUGAGAACAUGGCUCAAUAAAAUACGUCAUAAAUAUGCGACAGCGAUAUCAGUAAUUGGUACAUUUGCCUUGUAAGAGAGUUGUUGCUGAUCUUACGGUGCUAUAUUAUACGUGCGGGAGUGAGGGAGAAUCCUAUCUCUUACACUAACUGGUUCCGGGCUGCACCUAUAACCCGGUGUAAUGGUAAGAGGCCGAACACUGGGACAAGGGCUAAUAACAGGAUUUUAACGGACUGAGGGCGGAAGUAGCGUCGUGACGUCACAGUUUCCCUCAACCAGUAUGGCGGCUACGAGAUUAGUCUACAGACAUAGAUCAGGUGUUCUAAUAUUAUAAAGAACAAGUUCAAACCGUAUUAUUUGCUUCACACAUCACAAACAAAAGGGAAAUCUCUUUGUUUUUGAACAACAGGAAGAUUGAGAUUUUAAAUCAAACGGCAUAAACUUUGAUGAUGAAUAGACAGGAUCAGUCUGAGUUUGAUGAAGUUGCAGUUUAUUUCUCUGACGAUGAAUGGGUCUGUCUGUCUGAGGAACAUAAAGCGCUGUAUAAGGAUGUGAUGAUGGAGAAUUACUGGACCCUCCGGUCACUAGGAAUGGUGACCAUAAAGCCUUUAGUCAUAUCAAAGAUGGAGCAAGGAGAGAAGCCGUGUAUCAGUGGUUGGGAGAAGAUCAAGGAGGAAAUCCCUGUUAAUACUAAUAUAGAAUUACUUACAACAAAUGAGUCAGAGAACUGGAAUUCUAUGAGACACAGAAAAAGCUUGAAUCACUUUGGAGAUCAAGCCUUGGUGAAUGGAGAAAACAAGAUAAUCGAAAAUUACGAGGAAGCAAUUCAGUGUUAUAAAAAUCAAUUUAACGAUCUUCUAAUAGAAUCUGAACUUAAUUUGACUAAAGAAUUUAAGCAAUAUGAGGAAUUAUACUAUAGAGAGCCUUUUUUGUCCACACCAAAGGAAAAUGGAGAAUUUGUGGAUUCUCACAAUGCAACAUCUAAUGCUCUAGUCAUUAAAAGAAACCUUUUUGGAAAGGAUUACAUUGAAUAUAGUGAAAAUACGUUUCCAUACAGUACACAAUUUCUCACUUAUCAAAUCGAUCACGCAUUUGAGGCUCAGUUAGGAUGUUCUGAAGUUGAAGAACUUUUCCAAACAAAUUCCGGCUUUAGCCAAAAAAUAACUGCCAAUGGAGAAGUACAAUUUAGGUGCUCUGAAUGUGAGGAAUAUUUUGUUAGCAGUUCAGAACUUGCUGCACAUCAGAAUAUCCAUACAGGUGUUAAACCAUUCCAAUGUCCUGAAUGUGAUAAAUGUUUUAACAAUAGUUCCCAGCUCUUUAUUCAUCAGAGAGUUCAUACAGGCCUUAAACGCUAUGCAUGCUCUGUUUGUGGAAAAUGUUUUAUUCAUAACUCACAUCUUAUUAUCCACCAGAGAAGCCAUACUGGAGACAAACCUUUUGCAUGUUCUGAAUGUGGGAAAUGUUUUACCAGCAAUUCACAUCUGGUGAUACACCGGAGAAUUCAUACUGGAGAGAAACCAUUUGCUUGCUCUAAAUGCGGCAAAUGUUUCACCAGCAGUUCGGAUCUGGUUAGACAUCUGAAAGUUCAUACAGGAGAGAAACCUUUUUCUUGUUCUGAAUGUGGGAAAUGUUUUUCUAACAACUCACAUCUUGGUAGACAUCUGAAAGUUCAUACAGGAGACAAACCCUUUGAAUGCUCUGAAUGUGAUAAAUGUUUUGCCAGUAACUCAGAUCUGGUGAGGCAUCGGAGAAUUCAUACGGGAUACAAAGCAUUUAUAUGUUCUAAAUGUGGACAGUGUUACACCAGUAGAUUAGAUCUUUCCAGACAUCAGAAGAUUCAUACAGGAGGCAGGGCCUUUGUGUGUACUGAUUGUGGCAAAUGUUUUACCAGUAAUGCAGAUCUGAUAAUACAUCAGAGAAUUCACACAGGAUAUAAACCAUUUGCAUGUGCCGACUGUGGAAAAUGCUUUACCAGUAAAUCAGAUCUUGUUCGGCAUCAGAAAAUUCACACCGGAGAGAAACCAUUUGUGUGUACUCAAUGUGGGAGACGUUUUACUAAUAGCUCACAUCUUCGUAAACAUCAAAACACUCACACAGGAUACAAACCUUAUGCCUGUUCCGAAUGUGGAAAAUGUGUUGCCAGUAAAUCCACACUUAUUAAACAUCAGAACAUUCACAUGAGAGAAAAAACAAAUACAUGAUUGUGGGACAUGUUUUAUUCGGUUUGACAUCAGAUAUGAAUUAGUUUUUAUAAAAGACUAUUAUUAUGAUUUAUCAACCAUAUGCAUGUAGGUGUUUUCGUAUACGUGUAUCUAAACCACAAUUGGGACUGAUUUUGACAUUUUGUUAUUCUUAAUAGUUGACUUUAUCAUUUUCUUUUAUAAGUGUAUAUUACUUAUGGGAUAUUAGCAAAAUAGCCGUUGUGCAGUUUAUUUAUCUGAUAAUCUCUGUAAAACCAACAAGGGACAUAUUGUGUAGCAGCAUUAGACUUGUGAUGUCUGCUAUAAACCCUUCCAGUUGUCAGAACCAUAACAUUUAAAUUACAGGAAAAGUGGUGUUAAAUAAGAAUAAAAUUAUAUUGCAGA